AUGCCGGCAGUUGCGCAAUAUCUAUCCUACUUGCUCUUCGCUUACAUAGUUUAUCGCGCCGUCAACGGAUUUUUCAUUCGCACAUUCCGCCAGGCUGAAGCUAUUGACUCUCGGACUCGCAUGCUUGAAAUAAAACUAGAAGAGGCUUGCUUUAAUAUCGAAGCUAACGUCAACGAAUGCAUAGACCUACGCAAACGCGUCAACUAUUUGGAGGAGAAAAUGGACGAAUAUGCACGCGUCCUUGAGGCCCUGAGCAUCCCCAUGGAGUCGCCCGGUUCUGAAAGCACCAGUGAGAAGCUGUCGGUGAAGUCACGGAAUACCAGUGAUGCGGGUUUACAGGGAAUGGGUACGGUCAUGCCAGCGCCUGGAUCUGUGGCGAAGGCAGAAAUUUCUCCUGGACCGCAAUAUCAGCAGCACCAACAGCACUAUAUUUUAAAAUCUCUUGAUGGGGCUAAAGAACGCGCUGAAAGGCGUACUAGCUCGUCUGAGUCGACAUCCUCUGCUAUUGAUAGAUUGGCCGGCUUGCGAGGGAAAUUCGAAUCUGGUCGCGAGUCCGUCAUGUCAGCCCUAAGCAACAUUCCCGUGAGGAGGAGGGUCGUCAUCAAACCUGGAGGGGUCUCUAAAAACUCUAUUUCCAAUUUCGCUGCGAGCCGUCCGUUUGGGAAGUUGAGACGGUCGAGUUUAAAACUAGACAAGUGA